CGUUGUUUUGUGGAGGCGACGAAGAAGAAGCGCCAUGUUCAGAAUUUAAUAGCAAGCUCAGCUCGAUUUUGCUGUUAUUUGAAUGAAUUUCUCAAGCGUUCAUGUCGUUGUUUCGGAGAGCAUGUAUGAAUCUUACAGGGGCUUCAGAGUUUGUCGGGAGUCGAUAUUUUCCAGAUUGUCUCGCAUUGCUACGACAAAUCACAAAGCCACGCCAGUCAAAGUUCACAGUUUCAGUUGAGGGCAAUAUCGGUAGUGGCAAGUCAACCCUUCUCAAGUACUUCAAAGACUCGCCUUUUGUAGAGGCAAUACAGGAACCUGUUGAUCAGUGGACCAACUUGAAAGGUCACAAUGCCUUGGAGCUGCUUUACAAAGAUACUGCCAGGUGGACAUUCUCUUUCAACAACUACGCUCAGUUGACAAGGUUGAAGAUGCAUCUGAAGAAGACGAGGAAGAGUGUGAAGAUGUUAGAACGCUCUCUCUACAGCACAAGACAUGUGUUCGUUGAAAACAACUACAGAUCUGGUUGCAUCACAGGACUUGAGUAUUCUGUCCUCUCAGAAUGGUAUGAAUGGAUCAUUGCUAACCAGGAUGUGAAAGUGGACCUUUUUGUAUACUUGAAAGCUGAUCCAGAGACGUGUUAUGAAAGAAUAAAACAACGAGCUCGGAAAGAAGAAUCAACAGUACCCUUGUCGUUUAUCAAGGAAUUACACGACCUCCAUGAGAAAUGGUUGAUAGAACAGUCACUUGGAAAACUGCCAGCGCCUGUCUUAGUGUUAGAUGCAAAUAUCGAAAUGCCAAAGAUGACCGAUGUUUACGAGACGCAUAAACGUGAGAUCUUAUGUGGAUACUGCUAGCAAUCUCAACUCUAGUCUUGACUCGGGGAUCACCAAGAGCAUUUGUUAUUUAAAGGACUUGUGCAAAUACUUUUAAAGAAACAUUCAAUGUAGACAUCCUUCUUAGUUUGUGCCCUUAAAGGAUGGAAAUGAAACUACUCGUGUACAGAGGCCAGAUUUGUUUGGUCACAGCAUUUAUUUUAAAUUUUUGUCAUAAUAUUUGAGAGAAAACCAGACACUUCUUCAGAUGAAUGUACAUAUUGAAAACGUGCUGAAGGAGCUGGGUUGCUCUGAACCAUUUUGUAUUCCAUAGUUCAAGUAGAAGCUUCUGUAGACCUUCUGGUGCGCCUACAUCAAAAAGGUGUUGGCAAAAUUAACAAUUUUACGGAAGUUGUAUCCUAAACUUUCACAAUUGAUUUACUAUCGAUCUAUAUGGGGCAGUGGCCUUUUACUUUUACUUCACUAGAUUAGAUCAAAGUGUUUUUAACGAUACCUGAGGUGUUAUUUUAUGCAUGUUUGUACACUCUUGAUGGCGAAAAUUAUUUGUAAAUGAGGACAAAGAGGAGACUUUUAUCUCAGUUUGAAGGUACCCGUAUACAACUGGUAGGUUACUUUUAGUGGUGUAGCCAUCUGAUCAAGGAAAGGAACGAUCUUGUAUUGUAAGCAGAGGCUGCUGUGACAGCCUGAGUACAGUGUAGUAGUGGCUUGUUCACUCGAUAUCCUAGCAUUGUUAGAAUGAUUAUGGUACUGUUGGAGGACCAAGCAGUUGUUUGAUUGAUACCCAGUUGGUAAUGUAUAUAUUUAUGUGUAUUAUGUAAAUAUUUUUAUAAGGA